UUACAGAAAAUGGAGAGAUUUUGGCCAAAAUUGAUCAGCAUGUAGAUACCUCAUAUAAGGAUGAAACGAAAAAUUCAAAGGUAGAGUUCGAAGUGGAAGUGAUUUCCAAAGGAAGCCAUAAGUCUUUAGACCGUGUACUAGAAGAUCCAGGACACCUGCCCACGACGUUCAAGGAUUCACAAGAGCACCAACAAGUGCUAGACUCGAACACAUUAUCGGACAGUUCCGACCAGGACAAAUCGUACAGUCCUAAAGCUGUUGGUUACUCUCCGAAAGACGUGGCUGAAUACGUGUUUUGGACCGGUGACGAAAAAGGUGUUACUUCCGCUAUAGAGGAAUUCCUGCAAGGAGGCCUG